AUGGCUUAUACCGACAUCAAAAAAGACUCCCGAAAUCAGGCCGGAAGGGUUGCCGCGAUCUUGAAAGAAAGCAAAGAAGCUGUUUCCAAGUUGGCGAUGUUCAGCAGGCGCCAAAAUGGAAUACCAGACGAAGACUCCGAGCAGUUCAAGCCCAUGUAUGCUCGGCUCGACGUUCUGCUUACAUGGCUGAACGAUGAGGUCGAAAUCAACCGCGAGCUUAAGGAGAAAGCGAAACUACAGGACAUGCUAGGCCUUCUGUGCAAGAGGCCAGAGUUUCAAUUCCCACAGGCAUACCGGCAAAGAGCACAGGGUCUCCUCGAAAAGUGGGAAGGAGAGAAUUGGGGAGCACCCCCGGAAGUGGAUGUCCGAGCGAAGGUUGAGAUCGUUGGCGAUGCGGAUGCCGACGAUGCGGAGGAGGACGAGGAUGGGCGAGUGGCGAAGAAACGAAAGACGAGUUCUACUUCAACCAGUACGGGCCGUGUGAAGAUUCCACCGUCUGGUCAUCCAAUUUGGGGAAAAGACGGCAUAAUGAACGGCCUCGCAAGGAAGACUGCAUCCGACGCAGGGCGCUUUUCGACCGUUCUGAAUCCCGAGCUGAAGCACAAGAAGAGGCCGUUUGAUGUCUACGGACAUAACGGCCUCGAAGUGGGCCAAUGGUUCCCGAACCGGCUUUCCUCGCUAUACUAUGGAGCACACGGAGCUUCGCAAGCUGGGAUUUCGGGAGACACUAAGAAUGGCGCCUAUUCGAUCGUGGUGAGCGGAGCGUACGAUGAGCUCGACAAGGACAUGGGCGACGUCUUGUAUUACUCCGGCUCCGGCAGUCACGAAAAUGACGAUCCCAAGAGACACGCAGAAUCCACCAACCAGACGCGUACUCUGCAUGCGUCCCUCCGAACGCAGAACCCGGUUAGAGUAUUACGAAACAAGUCUAAGCAUCGCUAUGCUCCUACAGAAGGAAUUCGAUAUGAUGGACUUUAUAUUGUCAUCAGUAUGCACCGGCCGACGAACGCCAAAGGCGGGUUGUACGAACAAUUCCGUCUCGAGAGACUGCCCCUGGACAAGAACAAUGACAUUCCCAUGGAAUACUGUGUCAGACGCCCAACCGGUCAAGAGAUCCGGGACUACGGGCGAAUCAACGAUGGGUACUGA